GUUGGUGUCCCGGUCCAGUCCCAGUCCCAGUCCCCCGUAUUCGCAGGUAUCCCGUCGACACUCCCUUACCCUACCUGACCCAUCCCAUAUUAUCCUCCUCUUUACGCAUUGUCAUCCGCCAUCGCGAUCGCGGCCUCCAUACCUUUCGACAAACUGACACGUUCGCUGCCCGAGCCGCACUUUCCAGCCGGCCGACCGACCGACCACAGCACUCGCUCCCCCUGGUUAGAUGCUCUCCUUUGCUUAACCUUCACGACUCCCAAGGGCUGGGCGAGGUGCUUCACUGCCGUACAACUCUCCACCCUCACCUCGGGACCGGGAAUUGGACUUCCACCCAGUGCCCUGGAUGUUGCCUUCUUAUUCUACCUCAGCCUCCAAGGUGGUGCCGCGGCAUCAUGCGAGUGGUUACUCCAAUGGAUAUCCAAGGGGGAACACCUUUGAGAUCUCCCCCCACAGAUACCAACCACGAGCCUCAACACCCGCGAAUCGUCGCCGUCAGCGCCUGCUAACCCGCCUCGUCAUCGUCGCCGUUGUCGCCAUCUUCUUUCUCGUCUUCAUCUGGCCGGGAGCCUCCCUGACUUCCAUCUUCUCCCUCGGCCUGCUAUCCGCCAGCAGCGAAUUACAGCUGGAAACAGUACGAUACUACGAUCUCAGCAAUGUGCAGGGGACUGCUAGGGGAUGGGAGCGCGAGGAGCGCAUCCUUCUCUGUGUCCCUCUGAGAGACGCCGAGUCGCAUCUGUCCAUGUUCGCCUCCCACCUGCGCAACUUCACCUACCCCCACCACCUCAUCGACCUUGCCUUCCUCGUCUCCGAUUCAAAGGACCGCACCCUGCAGGUUCUCAACGAUAUGCUGGAGGAGAUUCAGGCCGACGAAGACCCCAAGCAACCCUACGGCGAGAUCUCCAUCAUCGAAAAGGACUUUGGACAAAAGGUCAACCAGGAUGUCGAGAGUCGUCAUGGGUUUGCGGCACAGGCGAGCCGAAGGAAGUUGAUGGCCCAGGCCCGUAACUGGCUCCUGAGUGCCGCCCUGCGGCCAUACCAUUCCUGGGUGUACUGGCGCGACGUUGACGUCGAAACCGCUCCCUUUACCAUCCUCGAAGAUCUCAUGCGUCACAACAAGGACGUGAUUGUACCGAAUGUUUGGCGUCCUCUACCCGAUUGGCUUGGCGGAGAGCAGCCGUACGAUCUCAACUCGUGGCAAGAAUCAGAAACGGCGCUGGCUCUCGCAGACACGCUGGACGAAGAUGCCGUGAUUGUUGAAGGCUACGCCGAGUACGCCACUUGGCGACCGCACUUGGCAUACCUGCGAGACCCAUACGGUGACCCUGAUAUGGAGAUGGAAAUUGAUGGAGUGGGCGGCGUCAGUAUUCUUGCCAAAGCCAAGGUCUUCCGGUCUGGAGUACACUUCCCAGCUUUCAGCUUUGAGAAGCACGCCGAGACAGAAGGAUUCGGAAAGAUGGCAAAACGGAUGGAAUACUCCGUUGUCGGUUUGCCGCACUACACGAUCUGGCAUCUUUACGAGCCUAGUGUCGACGACAUCAAGCACAUGGAGGAAAUGGAGCAAGAGAGGCUCGCCAGCCAAAAGGAGGAGGAAGAAAAGGCCGAGAAGGCUAAGAAGGUCAAAGAGCAGUUCGGCGAUGCCAGCAGCCAGUGGGAGAAGGACAAGACUGAUAUGCAAAACCUCGCCGUCGGGGAGAAGAAGAAAGAGACGAAGGGUACCAAGGAGGGCGCCAAGGAGGGCACCACGGAGGGUAAAGAGGCCAAGGAGGGCAAGUCACCAAAGAAUGCCGACGACAAGCAGGCGGAUCCAAAGAAGAAGCCAGCAGCAGCACCAGCAGCACCAGCAGCACCAGCAGAUAAGAAGGAGACGCAAGGCAAGUCAGACAAGCCGGCCAAGAAGGAGAAGAAGGAGGGCAAUGACGCAGCUUUUGCCAAGAAGGCUGAGAGCUGAGAGGGACAAAUCUAGCGAGAUGGACCCACUGUCGUCGAACGUUGCUGGGAUCUGUAGCUGUUCUUGAUGAACAGCUAUCGGUACCUAGGUUGCCACCAGCAGACAGCUUGUGCGUUAUGCGGAGAUAUGUAAAGCAGCGACGAGCCGUGUUGUCAAGUCUUGUUGUACACUAAGAUGUCUACUACCGGAUGGUCUGGAAGAAAGUGGAUGUUGUAGGAAGGCGUUGGUUUAUCCUGGGCCCAAGGAAAUGGGCACUACGUCGGGCAUAGAACUAGCCCGCGAAAUUAUGAGUUACAGAUGCACGAUUGGAGCUCCAAUAUACGUGAGUCGAUACAGGUAGUAGGCCCGAGACAAAUAUCUCAG